AUGGCUAUGUACUACUAUGCAAGCAAAUUGUCAGCAGUAGCAUGUGGCACUCGUUGCCGGCAGGGAUUAACAAGACGGCAGCGCAAUCGUAGCGGUCGCCAUCAGGGCAAGAAGAAAGACGAUGAAGACUCCGACGACAGUAAGAAAGAUAAAAAGACCUUAUCCUCCGUGCUGUACGACAGUGCAGACGACACAAUCGUGAUAUCGGUUGAAUCAUCAGAGAAGCCAGAAGUGUGCUGCGAAAGCACACCCACAUUCACGCACACAGCGCUGGGCACGGGUGGAAUUAUGUACGGAAACGGCAAUAUCGUGUCCGGACCACUGGAAUCACUCAUCGAGCUGCUAAUGCCCGCCAAUGCCGCUGAGCUAGACCAGGAGUAUGCUUUUUCUUUUUUGCUUUCGAGUCGGUUUUUCAUCCGCACGCACGAGCUGCUGGGGAAGCUGCUGGAAACGAUUCCCGAUCCGGAACCGUUCGAUCGGCUGGUGCCUCUGUUGGCCCUGUGGACCAAGAUGUUCCCAUAUGACUUUCGUGACGAACGCAUGAUGAACCAUGUUAAACAUAUCGUAGCUAGAUGCGCCGACACCAAAUUAGCUGAAGUGGUGUCCGAACUACUGUGUGCCUUGUUAGCUCGUCUAACCGAACUUGAGAAACACGAAGAAGAACUCAAAAGCUAUCAAUCAACUGUUGACAAUAAGACUGAAUCCGUAAAGUGGCCAAACGCGUCACAGCUGGCUCAACUUCUGUGUCGGAUCGAACGGAACCUGGCAAAGCACGUAGGACCGGAGGAAUUCGUACAGUGCAGUGCCAGUUUGCUGAAGGAUCCGAACCGGGAAGACUUCACUCCGCGGCCGUUCGGUAACCACUUUCCUGUCGGCGGGGCCGCACUCGACGGCAAGAAAACAUGCAAUCUCGAGAGCUAUCUGGAGUGGUCCGCCAAACUUCGGCUGCUGGUGGCCAAUGAAAUAUUGAAGUGCCAAAACAUUCAGGACCGCAACGACAAGCUAGAGUUAUGGAGCGGUGCUGCCCAGUAUUGCCUCCUGGUGGGAAACUACAACAGCGCUACCGCCAUCCUGGAGUCACUGGAUAUACCGCCUAUUGCUAGAUUACAAAUCACGUGGAGCAAACUCUCAACAACGACCAGCCAACAAUUGGACUGCAUGCAGCGCCAUGCGGAAGGUUGUGGCAAUUUAUGGAGCAAACAGACGGAAGGAGACACCAGUGUAAAUAAAAAGCAAAGACCAGCGACGGCAGCGGCUACAUCGCCCCCAUCGUCUAUCUCGAGGUCAAAAACCAACGAGUGGGUUGUCGUUCCGGUAUUCGUAGACAUCGUGAAACUGUCGCUCAAAUCCCGGGAGGACUGCUGUGUUCGUCUCCCCAACGGGCACAUAAAUAUUGCUGCGUUCGACAGAUUGGCCGCAAUUGUCGGCGCCUUCACGAGGCACAUGUGCCAGGUCAAUCAAACACUGCCGGAGGUUGGAGAAUUUGCACAUCUUUGCCGUUAUAUGCAAUCAUGCCGACUAUUGAGCGAAACAGAACUAAUGCUAGCGUCAUUCGAGUGCGAGGAGCCUACGAUUGCCGAGAAGGAAUUGUACGACGUUUCAUAG